GCCACUCGCUUUCUUCCCCAUCACGUCUGCUCCCCCUCCGCCUCCCCUCGCCCCUAAAAUCCCCAAUCCAAUCCGACCAAGCCUUAAUCCAAUUACACUCCCACUCAGCAUCCCCCCGCUUCCUUCGCCGCUAAGUAUAUCCCUGCCGCCACGAACGCGAAUCCCACCUGGGAUCUCUAGGAUUUCGUCUUGAGGAGAGGAGAUGACGGUGAUGGAGCUCAAGGCGCUACCACUGGGGUUCCGCUUCCACCCCACCGACGAGGAGCUGAUCCGGCACUACCUCAAGGGCAAGAUCACCGGCCAGAUCAACUCCGAGGCCGAGGUUGUCCCCGAGAUUGACGUCUGCAAGUGCGAGCCGUGGGACCUCCCAGAUAAAUCUUUGAUCCGUUCGGAUGAUCCGGAAUGGUUCUUCUUCGCGCCCAAGGAUCGCAAGUACCCGAACGGAAGCAGGUCGAACAGGGCAACGGAGGCCGGCUACUGGAAGGCGACUGGGAAGGACAGACAGAUCAAGUCCAAGGGUGACAAGCGGAAGCAGCAUAUCAUCGGAAUGAAGAAGACCCUCGUGUUCCACCGCGGACGUGCCCCAAAGGGAGAGCGUACAGGGUGGAUCAUGCACGAGUACCGCACCACCGAGCCGGAGUUUGAGUCCGGUGAGCAGGGUGGUUAUGUCCUUUAUCGCCUGUUCCGGAAGCAAGAGGAGAAAAGUGAGCGUCCCAGCCCAGAGGAAAUGGAUAGAAGUGGCUAUUCUCCUACUCCUUCUCGUUCGACACCUGACAUGGAGGCAAAUGAUGAAGCAAAUAUACCCUUAAAUAAGGAAUCUCCAAAGUCUGCUCUGCAUGAAAGCCCAAUUGGCUUGCCAAAUUCUGCUGAAACUCAUGCUGUACCGAUGGAAAGGUGGCUGGCAGACAUAACUGAUAACUUGGCAGUGAAUGCAGCAAGUGUUUCCCAGGUGCCUCUCCACGGACAUCUUAAUGGAUUAGCUAAGGUUGAUCCUUCACUUGGUGCUUUGGCUCAGUUAGUUGAUUCACAGAAAAACGGUGGUCCUAGCAAUUUUGCGUCCAAUAGUGCCCUCAUUCUAACAAAUGAAGAAAAUGCCCUCUUCACUGAUUUCCAGCAAGGAACUGUUGGUUUUGAUGGCAAUAUGAAUCUGGAUGAUUUCUUGAAUCAAACACUUGCUGAUCUUGAUGAGCAUUCAUCGACAACAUCAAAAGUUCAGUAUGAUUCAGACACUGGAAUUAUGCCUACUGAGUUUGAGAACCAUGGGAUUAUGCAGGGUGAGUUUUUAGAUGAUCAAAGCUGGUUGGCAGGUUUAAGUUUCAUUCCGGAUGAGCCAAACCCACAACUGAGUGGGUUAUAUGAAAAUACACCAUUGCUUCCUUAUGACACCACUGAGCAGGAUGUACUUUCUGUGGACUCUGGAGCGGAGUCCUUGCAAGAUUUUUUCAAUACCAUGGAAGAUUCAAGGGCCAUCCAAGGAACUGGGGUUACCGUUAUGCCUCGGCAGUUACAGUCCACUGUGCAGUCAAACUAUCUGUUUUCUCAUCAGGGCAAUGCGCCAAGGAGGCUCAGGCUACAGGAAACUUGGCCUGCCAAUGUUGAGAGUGGAGGGAGUGUAACUAACAAUGAGUGUGAAGAUGAAACAUCAUGUAUUGUAACCUCCGAGUAUUUGAAUGGAACCGUGGAUGAGUCAACUGCAGAGAAGGAUCUUCUUUCUGAUGGAGAUGAGGCUGAGUCAACAGGGAUUGUUAUUAGAAGCCGACGCCAUGUUCCAAAUCCAAUCUCAGAUAAUCCAUUCAAUCAACAGGGAACUGCCAUGAAAAGGGUGCGGCUUCAGUUAUGUCCUAGUAUUGAUGAUUCAUCAAGCUGCAUCAUAGACGAAACAGAAAGUCAACACAAAGCAGAGAAAGCUGAGAUUGAAGAGGAUGCGCACACAAACUUUGCUGAAAGUGUUGAUCUAUCCAGCAAUUGCCAUGAUGAUGAGCAGAAGAACAAGCCUGAACAUGAUGCUGAAAUGACCGUUCCAGAAGCUAAAUCUUUUCCAAGGCUGCGGAAGAAUUCUGAAAAAACCGACAAGGAUAUCAAGCAGGAGGAUGGUCUCGAUUCACACGUGAGAGCACCAAGGCAGAAGGGAGGCUUCCAAUCGUACAUCACCUUGCUGGUUCUUUCGGGGGCUCUGCUGUUGCUCCUCUGUGUUGGGGUGUAUGGAACAUAAGGUUCCCGACAUUGGCCUGGUGUAUAUGAUGUGUCUUACGGCAUGCGUUUACCUGGCUGUAAGGCAUCCUGGUGUUUGUUCCCCUACGGCGUGCUGAGGCAGCAGAAAAAAGAUGUAGCAAAUGAGAGGGGAGGAAGCAGUGAGAACUGCUAUCGCAGAGGCCUUAGUACGUCCUAGUUUUUCUUUUGCUGUUGUUGCAGAUGUUGGUAACUAAUGUCGUAGCUGUUGUGUAGUUUGUAAAUCAUGCCUUCGGCCGUCGUUUUUGUUUCCUUUCUGAUGUAUUUACUAUGUAGCAAGACCCUGUUAGACGGGUGCACUUCAAAAAGCCUGAACCUACUAAUAUAUCUACUAAUGUCGCUUCUUGUUCUUGUAAA